AUGAUGCAUGCCACAGUGCCAACAGUGCCGUACCCGGUGCCAACAGUGCCGUACACUGAUGCCAGCAGUGCCAGUGCCAGCGUGCCGUGCACACAGUGCCAACGCAGGUGCCGUACACGGUGCCAGCAGUGCGCGCACGCAGUGCCAACAGUGCCGUACGCCGCAGUGCCAACGGUGCGUACGCCUGAGGUGCCAGCAGUUCCGUACACAGUGCCAACAGUGCCAUUACACAGUGCCGUACACGCAGUGCCGGCAGUGCCGUGGCACACAGUGCCGUUUACAGUGCCAGCAGUGCCGUACACGGUGCCAGCAGUUGCACAGUACAACGGUGCCGUAGAGCGUACAGUGCCAACAGUGCGCACGGUGCCAGCAGUGCCGUCACCGUGCCAGCAGUGCCGUACACACAGUGCCAGCAGUGCGUACACCGUGGUACCGCGUAUCCAACAGUGCCAUACACGUGCCAGCAGUGCACACAGUGCCAGCAGUGCCGUACGCACGUGCCAGCAGUGCCAACAGUGCCGUGCCAGUGCCAGCAGUGCCGUGCACACACAGUGCCGUGGUGCCCAAGCUGAACAGUGCCAACAGUGCGCCGCCGUGCACACAGUGCCAGCAGUGCGCGGCGCACACAGAUGCCAGCAGUGCCGUACACACAUGCCAAUCACGGUGCCAUUGCCAACUGUUGCCGUACACACGAGUGCCAGCAGUGCCGUACACACAGUGCCGUACUGGUACAAACAGUGCCAUUACCCAGUGCCAGCAGUGCCGUACACAGUGCCGUACCAGUGCCAACAGUGCCGUACACACAGUGCCAACAGUGCCGUACACACAGUGCUGGCAGCCAUUACACACAGUGUAACGUUACCCGUACCAGAUGCCAACAGUGCCGUACACAGGCGUGCCGCGGUUACGCACAGUGCCGGCAGUGCCGUACACUGCGGUGCCAGCAGUGCCAUACACACAGUGCCAACAGUGCCGUACGCAGUGCCAGCAGUGCAUUGCGCACAAGUGCCGACAGUGCCAUUGCCAGCAGUGCCGUACACACAGUGCCACUGA